AUGGCAGCGGUAUUUUUCCACGCGUUUCAGGCACAGGCGGCUGUGAGCCUUCUCAUCCUCCUCACCAUCCUCCCGUCGUCGCAUGCGCAAAGCUCUUACCUCGUCGUCCGAGCGAAGCAGCUCAGAGCCGCCUCCGACUCAUACGCCGCGGAUCUCAAGGUUGCUCAAGCCGUCGCUGCGCAGAAAGCGCAGGAUGAAGCCGAUGCUGCCGCCGAGAUCGCCGCUAUCGAGAAUGAUAAUACCGCGGAUAAUCUCCGCUCCACGCUGGUCAGCAUGAAAGACGCCAUGGAUGCCGCGAAAUACGAUCUCGACGACGCGAACAGAAUCUUAUCUCUCCGAAAGCAAGCCUACAUCCAAGCGCAGAUCGAUCCCACCAGCCACCCCGAGCUUCCCGCCGCCGUAAAAGCCGUCAACGACGCGACGCGCCGCGUGAAAAUGACCGCGGCGCUGCUCAACGAAUGGCGCAACGUCAUCGCGGACGCCGCGAUGGCGAUCAAGGAGGCGCUUCAGGCGUAUGAGAAAGACCCUUCCCCGGUGAAUAAGGCAGCUGUUGCGGAAGCGGAGUCCGUCCAGUCGUCCGUGGAAGAGGUGCUUCCAGAUAUCGAGAGCCAGGCGGAACGCGCGAAGGCGAAACUCGCCAAGGCUCAGAAUAACUACCAGAGGCUCGUCACACUGGGCCCCCAGAGCGUCGACAUUUUCAAGGCUGCGAUGGACGACGCGACGAACGACGUCGCACUGGCGCAGAAGUCGUACGACGACGCGGUGGCGAUCUAUAACGACGCUGUCGCCGCGCUGGACAACUUCAUGACGACGCAGGUCAAGGCGCUGGCGGCGGCGAAGGCGAACCUCGCCGCCGUGAAGGCGAGCCGCGCAGUGGCGGAUAAGCGCGUCGUGCAGCUGGCGGAUCGCGCCAAGGCAGGCCUUGCGCGCGCUGUGGAGGCAGAAAAGGCGGUGCAGGAUGCAGCGAUGGCCAAGCCGUGA